CGGCACUUCCGGUCGGCAUUUUGUUCUAAGAGAGAAGUCUCACCGCAACAAUCGUCAUAUUUUUUUCCCCCCACAUACAAGCGAAAUUGGCCACAGUUUUAUCCAUGUCGGUUUAGACCGACAGAAACUCCACCGAACGAAUGUUUCCCAAUAUACUUCCGUUCAAACAUUCACCCGCGUAUGACGGAAGAAGAAAGAAUCUGCCCAACCCAGAUUAUUGUUGACUGCUAGUUUAGCUGGACAGCUAACGUUAGCUGGCAAGUCAAGAACGGAGUUCUGUUGGAGGAACAGCAAGAGAGAAGAAAGGGGGAGCUAGAGAGACACAGACCAGGACAAUCUAGCGUAGCUAAAAUCACAAGACUUGUGGACUUCUUCCUGAAAUGUCCUUGGUUUCAAUCCAUACAGAACAGUGCCCWACAGAAAGAACAAAGGAGAUGUGAGUACUGGUCUGGCGGCUGUGACGCUGAGCAACCUGUGUAUCGCCACACUGCCCCGCCCCCACCUUCAGCAUGAAUGGGGAUAUGCCUCAUGUUCCCAUCACCACUCUCGCUGGGAUUGCUAGCCUUACAGACUUGUUGAAUCAGCUACCCCUGCCCUCUCCCCUCCCAGCCACCACCACCAAAAGCCUGCUCUACAAUGGGAGGAUCGCAGAGGAGGUCAACUGCCUGCUGGCCUGCCGGGACGAGAACCUGGUCUCCCAGCUGGCCCACGGUCUUAACCAGGUUUCCACAGAGCACAUAGAGCUGAAGGACAACCUGGGCAGUGAUGAGCCAGAGGGCGACGUGCCGGUGCUGCUGCAGACGGUGCUGUCCAGGAACCCCGGCAUCUUCAGGGAGAAAAAUGUCAUGCAGCAGCCGAUGGUGCAACAGUACAAACCAAUACAGAAUUCCAUGCAUGGCAGCCCAGCCCAGUCAGCAAACUUUCAGCAGGCUUCAAUGUCUCCUAAUCCAUCCAGCCGGGGAUUUGUCUCCCCACAGUCGAGCUCAGGGAGUCGGUUCAUCCCCCAGCAGAACAGCCCUGUGCCCAGCCCGUACACUCCCCAGAGCCCWGCUGGGUUCAUGCAGUACCCUCACCCGCCCAGCUACAAUCAGCACCAACAGAUACAGCAAGCCAGCCCCAUGGUCCCUGGGGGCAUGAGGAACAUCCAUGAGAACAAGGGACCGAUGACCAACGCUGCCCACCACCACCCAGACAGACAGGAGGACUACAUGAGUAUAGUCCACAGACUGGGGAACGAGGAGAGUGACCCCUCCAUGAGAAACGCCUCGUUCCCUCUGAGGUCGCCUCAGCCUGGGUGCUCACCCGUGGGAAACGAAGGAACACCCAAAGCUGGCUCUAGGCCGCCACUCAUCCUUCAGUCUCCUCCACCGUACAUGUCUCCCCGGGAAGGCCCUCCGGACUUGCUACUGGAGUCUCCCGACCAGAGGAAGAAACAGCAGAAGAAGAAGCUGKUGGGCAAAGAGGACAAGGAUGCAUACGACAUCGUCACCUCGCCCUCCAAGGACACCACCAAGCUGACGCUGUCACUGUCACGGGUCAAGUCGGAGGAGGUGGAGGACCACUCUGGUGAGCUGCUGCCAGUCAUGAUGGAUCAGAACUCUGACCUAGAGGGCGAGCUUGGGUACCAGCAGGUCCCUGUGCUGCAGAACGUGGGGGUUAUUAAAGGGCAGGAGGGCCCUCUCUCAUCGCCUUUUGAUGAGGCGGAGCUGGACGCCCUGGCGGAGAUUGAGAGGAUAGAGCGUGAGUCAGCCAGUGAGAGGGAGCGCUGCUCCAAAGAGGUGCAGGAUAAAGACAAGCCCCUGAAGAAGCGAAAGCAAGACUCGUUUCCACUGGAGCCUGGAGCAGGGGGCACCGCAGGCACCACCGGUGCGCCAGGCAGCGGAGGCGGGGGAAAUGCAGGCAAACUGAUCCCCCAGGAGGCUACAGCGGCAGGAAACGGAGCUAGCAGACCAGCCCUCAUGGUCAGCAUCGACCUUCAACAGGCGGGCCGGGCCGACGGCCAGCUUGACCCUUGCAUGGCUGCGCCCAUCCCAGCCCUGGAGGCGCAACGCUGGCCCGAGGAGCCUGCCGAGGGCCCUGCAGCCGAGGGAUCCGACACGGCCGGGGUGCUCCGGCUCAAAGCCGACGAUCGACCCGAGGUCAUCAAGAACAGCAUGGACAAACACGACAACCACCGUGAGCCUUCCAGGCACCGGCAUGACGGAAAGCAAGACCGGCGCCCUGACACACCUAAGUCAUCGAGCAGAGAGCACGGGCGGGACAGAGACCGGGAGAGGCGGCACAGGAAUGAAGACAGGCGCUCGCCAGAGGAGCGCUACCGGCCGGACAGCCCCAGGGUCAAACAGGAGGGCCGUGGAGGUGGCUUUGACCCCAGUGGGCGGCCUCGCAGCGACAGACCCGGCUUCAGGUCCCCCAGCGGAGGAGAGACGGCCAGAAACCGCCCAGAUGGACACAAACAACUACAGCCYGAGAGCAAGUCAGGAGAGUUCCCUGCUUACCUGCUGGGGGGGCAAGGGUCUGGGGGUCUGAAGAACUUUGUGAUCCCCAAGAUGAAGCGGGACGGCGGAGCUGUGGACGUGGCAGAAGGCUGGGGCCAGCCCCGGGUCAAGCUGGAGCGGCUGGGGGUUCGGGGGCUAGUGGACCACAUAAGUAAGAGGCCCAAGCCUGUCGUGGUGCUGCAGAAGCUCUCUUUUGAUGAGGUGCAGAGGAUCAUCAGGGUUAAGGAUCGUCACGGCUCCAAGUCUGGCAAGAACAGGCUCCUCUCAGGAAAGUCAGGCAAAGGUGGACUAGACCAGUCUGUGCUGGAAGAGCUUCCUCCUGAACUGUUGGCGGAGAUGGAGUCCACCAUGCCGCUGUGCGAGAGGGUGAAGAUGAACAAGCGUAAGCGGAGUACGGUCAAAGAGAAGCCCAAGUACACAGAGGUCGACUCAGAUGACGAUUCCAACGGGGAAUCUGCCAGGAAGCGCCAGAGGAAGAACCGGGGGGACAAGGCCUGGGAGUAUGAGCCGGAGCGGGAGAGGAGGGGCUCUGGGGAGCAUAGGCGGAGUAAGGGCUUCCAAGAGGGACGUAGAGGCUCAGGCAGUUGCUACCGUGACUCUUCUGAUGAGGAGUCGCCCCCACCCAGCAUGAGUGACAUUGCCAGGCAGAUGAAGAAAAAAGAGAUUCAGAAAAAGAGGAAAGCCUAUGAGCCCAAGCUCACUCACCAGGAACUGAUGGACUCGUCCACAUUCAAAAGAUUCUCCUCCAGUGUUGACAACAUCCUAGAGAAUCUGGARGAUGUGGACUUCACGCAGAUGGACGAUGAUGAGAUCCCUCAGGAGCUGCUGCUGGGUAAACAGCAGUUGAACGAGCUGGGCAGCGAGUCGGCCAAGAUCAAGGCCAUGGGCAUCACCUGCAGGAUGCCGUCGGAUAAGCUGGUGAAGGUACUGAAUAUCCUGGAGAAAAAUAUMCAGGAUGGGGCCAGGCUCUCGACACUCAUGAGCCACGACAACGACGAAGAUGAGGAGAAGCUGUGGCGAGACCUCAUUAUGGAGCGCGUGACCAAAUCGGCCGACGCCUGUCUGACGGCMCUCAACAUYAUGACGUCCGCCCACAUGCCCAAGGCGGUAUACAUGGAGGACGUGAUCGAGAGGGUUCUCCAGUACACCAAGUUCCACCUGCAGAACACCCUCUACCCCCAGUACGACCCUGUCUACAGGGUGGACCCUCACGGAGGUGGCCUGCUGAGCUCCAAAGCCAAGCGGGCCAAGUGCUCCACCCACAAGCAGCGGGUCAUUGUCAUGCUGUACAACAAGGUGUGUGACAUGGUCAGCAACAUCUCUGAGCUGCUGGAGAUUCAGCUGCUCACCGACACCACCAUCCUCCAGGUAGCCAGUUCUCCCUCUUUCCUCAAACCUGCCUCUGAUGUUUGGAUCAUUGCAUUAAUCAGUAACCCACAUUAA